ACCAUGGGCAGCAGCCUGUUCAUCCACGAGAGUCUGAAGCCAGUGGAUCAGUUUCUGCAGGAUACUGAGGAGCUGUACCACGCAGGAGUCAUCUCCAUCAACUUCACAGACGCCCAAGUCGCCAGAAAUCAGAUCAACAGCCGUGUGAAGAUGGAAACCCACGGAGAAAUAGCAGAUUUGGUCAGUGACCUGCAGGAAGGAACAACUCUUGCCCUGGCAAAUUACAUCUGCUUCCACGGAAAACUGCAUGAGGAACUUCUGCAAGAGCUCAUUGCAGAAGCAAACUUCCAAGUGCACAAGAAGCGAGCCAUCAUAGUGCCCAUGGUCCAUCGCCUAGGGAGAUUUUAUGUGCAGUGGUACCCAAGACUGUCCAGCUGGGUGCUGGUCCAGCACUAUGUGAGUGACACCAUAGCCUUCUUCAUCAUGCCCAACCUGGGGAAGAUGCAGCAGCUGCAGCAAAGACUCACCCGCAAGCACCUUGAUGCCAUCCAGAGGCACACUGCGCUUAGAUUUGUUCAUUUAUUUUUUCCAAAACUAUCGAUUUCUGGAGCCCAUGAUCUGAAGAGCCUCCUGGGUACUCUGGGCAUCACCAAGGUCUUCAGCAGUGCAGCUGACCUUUCUGGGGUCACAGAGGAGGCGCCCCUGAAGCUCUCCAAGGCCGUGCAUAGGGUGCAAGUGACCCUGGAUGAGAAGACAGAAGACACUGAGGUGGAUGAGGAAAACGAGACGCUCUGGCUAUCCAUCCCCACGAUCUCUUUCAAUAGGUCCUUCCUAGUUAUCAUAAAAGACGAAUUUACCAACUUUCCCCUCCUUGUGGGAAGAGUGCGGGAUCCCACACAGCACUAAUGUCCUCAGACUCAGUCCCCUUCUGGUCCAGGUCUCCUCACUGAGUGACAUUAAACAUAGGCUGGUCAGGACACUGCAUGCACCUGCGUCU